GCCGCUGGCCUGGAUCUCCUCCUCAUGCGGUCCCAAAGUUCCGGCCUUGGUGCUGAGGGGGAAGGUUUAGACCGACGGACGCGGUGGCCGGCGAUGGGCGCGGGCAUUUUCUCAUUUAUAGCUGUGUGUGCAGUUGCCUCUUGGAAAUACAGAUAUUUUCAUCAUGCCGACCGUGGUGGUGAUGGAUGUGUCACUCUCUAUGACUCGACCUGUCUCUAUUGAGGGAUCAGAAGAAUAUCAGCGAAAACACCUAGCUGCCCAUGGUUUGACUAUGUUAUUUGAGCACAUGGCCACCAAUUACAAGCUUGAGUUUACAGCGUUGGUGGUUUUUUCUUCACUUUGGGAGUUGAUGGUACCUUUUACAAGAGAUUAUAACACUCUUCAGGAAGCACUGAGUAAUAUGGAUGAUUACGAUAAAACAUGUUUAGAGUCUGCAUUACUUGGUGUUUGCAACAUUGUUCAACAAGAAUGGGGUGGCUCAAUUCCUUGCCAGGUUGUUCUAGUAACUGAUGGAUGUCUAGGCAUUGGGAGAGGUUCGUUGCGCCACUCGCUAGCAACUCACAGUCAACGAAGUGACAGUAAUAGAUUUCCUCUGCCUUUCCCUUUUCCAUCUAAGUUAUACAUCAUGUGCAUGGCAAAUUUGGAAGAGCUCCAGAGCACAGAUUCCCUAGAUUGUCUUGAACAACUCAUAGACUUAAACAAUGGUGAAGGACAGAUUUUUACCAUUGAUGGUCCCCUGUGCUUGAAGAAUGUACAGUCUAUGUUUGGGAAACUGAUAGACCUGGCGUAUACACCUUUCCAUGCUGUUCUCAAAUGUGGUCACUUAACAUCUGAUGUGCAAGUCUUCCCUAGACCAGAACCUUUUAUUAUAGAUGAAGAAAUUGAUCCUAUUCCUAAAGUAAUAAAUACAGAUCUGGAAAUAGUGGGUUUUAUAGAUAUAGCUGAUAUUUCAAGCCCCCCAGUUCUGUCUAGGCAUCUGGUCCUGCCCAUUGCUCUUAACAAAGAAGGUGAUGAGGUAGGUACAGGCAUCACUGAUGACAAUGAAGAUGAAAAUUCAGCUAAUCAGAUUGCUGGUAAAAUACCCAACUUUUGUGUCCUGCUCCAUGGCAGCCUGAAAGUAGAAGGAAUGGUGGCAAUUGUUCAGUUAGGUCCUGAGUGGCAUGGAAUGCUAUACUCUCAAGCUGACAGCAAGAAGAAAUCAAAUCUCAUGAUGUCUCUCUUUGAACCCAGUCCAGAGCCCCUCCCUUGGCUGGGGAAAAUGGCCCAACUGGGGCCCAUUUCAGAUGCCAAAGAAAAUCCUUAUGGUGAAGAUGACAACAAGAGUCCUUUCCCCUUGCAACCUAAAAACAAGCGCAGCUAUGCCCAGAAUGUGACUGUGUGGAUUAAGCCAAGUGGUUUACAGACAGAUGUACAAAAGAUCUUAAGAAAUGCAAGAAAACUGCCUGAAAAAACACAAACAUUCUAUAAGGAGCUAAACCGUUUACGAAAGGCUGCCCUGGCAUUUGGCUUCCUGGAUCUCUUGAAGGGAGUAGCUGACAUGCUAGAAAGGGAGUGCACCCUUCUCCCUGACACAGCCCACCCUGAUGCCGCAUUCCAGCUAUCCCAUGCUGCCAGGCAACUCAAACUGGCCAGUACUGGUACCUCCGAUUACGCAGCUUAUGAUCACAAUAUCACUCCCCUCCAGACAGACUUUUCUGGAAGCAGCACUGAAAGAAUGUGAAAUUGGCUUGUUUGGGGAAUAUUUUCUUUAAGAGAAAGAGAGAGACUUCCAAAGUGGGGAGAGGAGUCAGGAGAUGGAAACCUUUCCAGGUUGGUUGGAAUCACUAAGCUGGAUCUAAAGAAUCUCUAAAAAAAAAUUCUUAGAAGUAGUUAACUCCUUAGCUUCCAUGGUGGGGAAAAGUGGGCAUCAAAGGCUCUGGUUUCUGAAGGACAGUGGUCGUUUGUGCUAUGCAGACUUCCUAGGCAGCUUUGGCUGAGAGUGGAGCUCCCUGGAUCCUUGAACGGCUGUAUGGAAACUCACCAGUAGGAGCUCUCCCUCCUGGACCUCCAGAAAGUGUUUGCUCUCCUGCUUUAAAAGCCAACCGGCAAAAGGACAGGAGUUUUCUCUAACAUCUGCACUUGGAAUGAACUCAGGCAACCAAGAAAUUGCCCUUGUUGGACCUUGAGCAAAAUGGCGAUACCGAUGAUGCUGUUUAUUUUAAGAUGCAAUUUUAAACAAUGAUACGUAUAAAACAUAAAAUUGAUUGAAGCUUUUUUUUAAGUAUUAAGGUAAAUGAACAAUAAAAUGCUUGAUUUUACAAAA